AUGGGAAACCGUGAAGAGCUGAUUGGCGUGGCGAUCCGUUUCGCGGCGGCGGGAUUGUUGUCGUGGUUGACCGUGCGUUACAUGGUCCGCUAUCUGGACCCUGCACGCGAAUCGAAAGAAGAGAACAAGAAGAAGGUUGACAAAUUGUUCGCGCAGCUUGGCAUGACGCAAGGCGUGGAGUUGAACGAGCACGAAUUGAGGAUAGCGACCCAGUUUGUGCUGGCGGAAGAUGGUGCGGAUUGGGAUGAGAUUGGAGGUUAUGAAGAUUUAAUUGGCGAGCUGCAAGAUCGCGUCAUUCUCCCGUUGAAGAUCGCCGUUGAGUCGAAAAGCAAGCUGCUCACGCCCCCGAAAGGUGUGUUGCUGUACGGCCCACCGGGAUGCGGAAAGACAUUGCUAGCGAAGGCCGUCGCAAAAUCAUCUGGAUGCCGUUUUAUCAACUUGCAAGUUUCCGAUCUGACGGACAAAUGGUAUGGCGAAUCGCAAAAAUUGGCGGCCGCUGUGUUCUCCGUUGCGCUCAAGUUCCAGCCCUGCAUUAUUUUCAUCGAUGAAAUCGACUCGUUUCUCCGCGCUCGCGCUUCACAUGAUCACGAGGCAACGGCGAUGAUGAAAGCGCAGUUUAUGCAGCUAUGGGAUGGUUUUGCUACGACGACGGCGCAGGUUAUCGUUAUGGGUGCCACGAAUCGACCCACCGAUGUUGAUGCAGCUAUUUUGAGGCGGAUGAGUGCAAAAUUUUACGUCCCGUUGCCGAGCUCGAAUCAAAGGAAAGGCAUUUUGGAGGUCUGUCGAUUGGCGGUUUUGAAUCGCGCAAAAGAAACCCUCUCGGCCGGGCAGGGGCUGUGCGAUCAGGGCCCACUUUCCUUCAACCAUCUCAACUCGGCCCUGCUCAAGUAUCGCUCGGCCCACAACCUUAUGAACGGAAAGCUCACACACGAUUUUGAUCUGGAA